AUGCAAUUAUGUUUGUUUUCCAUUCCUUUGAUCUUUUCCGCUUCAUCUUCCCUUGGAACACAUUUAUACAUUUCUUGGGCUUUGACUUUGACCACUGUCAAAGUUCCUUUGACAAGGUUGGAUGUUUUCUACGUGCUUAUCUCCAUCCUUUGCGUACUUUUUGUUUCCCCAUGGCACAUUGACAAGACUUUCUACCUUCGAUAUUCCCUGAUUGCCCUGGCCUUCAUUCGGAUGCCCACAGUACUCUUGGCCUCUCGAAUCUCCGUGGUCGUCGCUUGCAACGUGCUGGCUUUGCUGAACAUCAGUUUGCGGGUGAGUUUUGAAGACCUGAAUGCCCCUGAACUUCGAAUGUCUGCAGCAAUUGCACUUGGAGUUGAGGUGAUGAGCUUUUUCGGUGUGAUUUCCUUCGGAAUCUUCAUGAAUUCCUUGGUUCGACAAAGAGUGGAAAGUCAAUUGGCCUUAGACAACAUGGCAGAGCAGCUCUCAGCCGCCUCUUCCUUGUUGCGCUUGACCUGCGAUGCUGUCAUCGAGCUGGAUGGGAAGCAGCGAUUGACACGACACUCACCUGAGUUGGCCACGAUGCUUCUCAUAGAUCGUCCUGGUGCGACUUUGGAGGGCCGGAGCUUGAUGGAGUUCAUGCCCCCAGAGGAGACUGCUCGAGGGCGAGACUUUUUGACCAAGCUGAUCCCAUCAGAGAGUGAUGAUCCUUGCGAGCCCUGUAUCACAGCACAUGCCUUCCAUACUCGCUUGGUGGACAGCGCUGCGAGCAAGAUGCAGGUGGAGGUGUUUCAGGUGAGAUUUGACACAGAUGAUGGCACAAUACACAGCUUGGUGGGCUUGAGGGACUUCACUGAUGUCACAUCUUUGUCUGGUGGGAAUGAACAUGCACAGCAGGACAUGCUCCAGGCGACAUCCUUUCGGCACACGGAGUUGUCCAUCCGAAGCUCCGGUUCAGAGCUCAGCCCAAUGAGGAGCACGCGCAGUUCACAAGACUCCAUGAUGACUGCGGAAGAUGAGGUCUUCAAUUCGAAGUUGAUGACUCUGGAGAUCGACAUGGAAGGUUUGGCGGCAGAGUCUUGUGAAAGGGAGGACGCAAGUGAGCAGGAAAGGCAUGGCCGAGUUUUGGCCUUCCAGGAACUGCCCGUGAAGGGUGCCAAGAUCAGUCGAAUCACGGGUACCAUGCGGCCCAUGAAGAACAGAUACGGCCGCAUCCAUGUGCUAAUGGCAUUUUCUCCAUGCAGGCACCUUUGGUUCAUCGGGACGGCAUUGCUUCGAGUUCUGAAGAUCAAUCUGGAGCUCAUUGAUGGAGGAUUUGUCCUCCAGUUCUUAAGACGCCUUGUUUGUCAUUCAGACACCUUGCUUGUGCCGGUGCCCAAGCCUCGCCGGCGCCUGAGCGUCGGCCAAGUGGAUGAAGCAGAGCUGCCGGGGGAUGCCGAGUCUGACAAGGACCGUGGUUUGAUUGCCCAGUUAAGCAAGAAUAACCUCAUCGAGAUGGUCUCAGAUGCUGAUACCGGAAAGGGCAAGAGUGGCCGCAGGGUUAGUCUUAGCUCUAAGACAGACAAGGGCACCACAUCCUUUGCCAACAAAACGAUGCAGAAGUUUGGGGACCAAGAUGUCGACUUGGCGAAGUGCGGAAUCGGUUUCACGUGCCGAAAGGGCUUGAAGCCGGAAAGCCCAAACCAGGAUUCCUGGUUCGUGCUAAAGAUGGACAGCUUUUCCCUCUAUGGUGUUUUUGACGGGCAUGGUCAGAAGGGCCACGACGUCUCCAACUUCGCGAUGGACAUGCUGCCGAAGUGCAUCAUUAAAGACGAGCGUUGUUUCACUACCAGGGAUUGGGGUCCGAUUUUGAUCGAGGCCUUCAAGAAGACGCAGAACUUCAUCACGGUCUCUGAUAAGGGAAAAGCCCUCCAAGCCCAAAUGUCCGGCACCACUGCCACGGUGGCCAUCCAUGAUCAUGCAGACAAUUCAGUGACCAUUGGCCAUGUGGCAGACAGCACCGCCGCUCUGGGGUCCAACCAUGGUGGGACCUGGAAUGGCGAUGAGAAGGCUCGCAUCGAGAAGUCAGGUGGCCGUGUGGUCUUUGACGGUUAUGCCAAUUACCGUGUCUAUGCGAAAAAUGCUCGCUAUCCAGGCCAGGCUGGACUUUGUAAAAGUGAACAGGAACAGAUCUUAAAUUCGUAA